AUAUUAAUAGUGUUGGUGUCUUGAAACUGACGUAAUGCUUGGAGUCUGAGGUCCUGACAAGCGAUAACAUUUCUGAUAAAGAACUGAGAUCACUGCAAAAACCAACCUCCUUUUUUCCACCCCAGACUCAGGCGUUUUUACUAUUAAACACAGUCUCCCAAGAUUUCACGUGUACAGGAGCAAUUCGCAAUCUUACAUCCCCAUAAAAAAGAAAUCAUUCCCCGAGAUCAACAAACAAACAACACAAAGACGCUUCAUGGCUCACGCCAAAGCUCCACCAUCUUUCAGACUGCAAAGACUAUUGCAAUUUAAUCAACAGUGAUCGAGAAGAACGGUGUGGUUUGGUCACCCCUCGCCCCCAGGAUCAUCUGCACCUGUGAGGUCUUCUGAGAAAAGGAAGUACGGGACGGCGCAUUUCGCAAGCAACGCACGUAGAGCGAGUAAACUUUGUGAACACUGUGGGGAAAAAAAUGGAAUGAUUCCCAGGCCAGAAUGGAUGUGGAAUAAAGGAUACCUCGGAGGGCUCCUCAGGGAAGGGUCUUUGGAUACUCUGCCAGCUUUGAUAUCUGCCUCCCUGUUGGAUUUGAGUGUGAUAAUGCUAUAACCCAAUGCUUAACAGAGAUAUGGUGCGGAAAAAGAAUCCCCCUUUGAGAAGCUUCGGCGGUGAAGAAGAGGAGGGCGAGGCGGUGGCGGCCGAGGCUACGGGCCCGGAGAGCGGGAACACGGGGAGCCAGGCAUCUGAGCCUGACCGGGCUGUAGGCGAAGAGCAGGAGGAGCCGUCCUCCCCUGGCCCCAUCAAACCAGACAGGCCUGACUUGCAUUACUCCAGCCACAACCUGGCAGCGUCUUACUCCAGCCGUGAGGGCACCGAUAGCGAACCGCUGGACUCUGCCACCUCCCCAACAACCUCUGAUCUGGGUGAGAGAGUGGAUGGUGAGGACGACCGGAAUGGUCUAAGGCCCAACACCCGGUCAGGUGGCGUCAUCGUACAGGGCUGCACCAGUAACGGAGAGGAGAGGGAUGCCACACACAGCCCACUAUCGUUGCUGGGCUCUGGCAGCCCUUGUGGCACAGCGGUCGAAGGUUCAAAGUCCCCCCUGUCUUUGCAUCCACAGAGGCCGAUUGGGGGAGCGGAGGACGCCCCUAGCCCUCUGGGAGCUGAGACGGGAGCACCUCCGCCCACCUCACCCAAACUACAAGACUUUAAGUGCAACAUUUGUGGGUACGGCUACUACGGCAAUGACCCCACGGACCUGAUCAAACACUUUCGUAAGUACCAUUUGGGCCUGCACAACCGGACACGGCAGGACGCAGAGCUGGACAAUAAGAUUUUGGCACUACACAACAUGGUGCAGUUCACAGCCCAGUCACAGGCCAAAGACUCAGCGCGCCUCCUCGGCCAAUCAGCUCAGAGCGGCUCUGCGGCAGAAGCGGGGUCACCCAGGUCCUCCGUGCUUAACGGCACCUACGACGUGCAGGUAACGUUAGCCGGCACCUUUAUCGGGAUUGGGAGGAAGACGCAGGAUUGUCAGGGCAACACCAAGUACUUCCGCUGUAAGUUCUGCAACUUCACCUACAUGGGAAGCUCCUCUGUAGACCUCGAGCAGCAUUUCCUAGGCACACACCCCAACAAGAUGAAGAGUCCACCUCCGUCCAACCCCAACCUCGAGGAGAAGUCCUCAAGUGAACGGAAGGGGAACUGCGUACCGCGGAUUGGGGCAGAUGAGCAAGGGAAGUGGGCGGAUCGGGUGGCAGUAAGGGCUGAAGAUGACUCUGUGGCUGGGUACUCCGUACCAAUCAGGGCGUCAGACUCCCCUAACCGCACUGGGGUCGACACACCUGCAGCGUAUUACUGGUGCAAAUAUUGCAGCUUUAGUUGCGAAGCCGGCAGCUCCUCUAGGCUUCUAGAGCAUUAUGAGAAGAGACACGGUCAGGCGGCCGUCAGGGAGGGAAGUCCAGGGGACAGGGACAGAAAGGCACGUGACGGAGACUCCCACUUACGGAAAAAGGAGAAGACCGGAGCGACAGCCGACCCUGAAACGGUAGUAACCAGUUACAACUGCCAGUUCUGCGACUUCCGUUACUCCAUGACGCACGGCCCGGAGGUCAUCGUCGUGGCUCCGCUUUUGCAUCACUACCAGCGAGCUCACAGCAUUCACAAGUGCACCAUCAAACAUUGCCCCUUCUGCCCUCGUGGGCUCUGCACUCCCGAGAAGCACCUGGGGGAAAUCUCCUACCCCUUCGCUUGCCGUAAGAGCUCCUGCUCGCACUGUGCUCUACUUCUGCUGCAGCUAACAGCCGGAGGGACCACUACCCCGUCCCCGCCAGCUCCCCGAGCAUCCGUCACCCACCUGUGUGACCAGUGCCCAUUCACCUCCACUGAUAUUGACUUGCUUCUCUUGCACUAUGACAGCGCCCACACCUCUCACACCUUACUGGAAGUCAAACCAGAGGAGGAGGGAUCAGGGGAUGGAGGGGCGGGGCCAGGGCGGGACCAUCCCGGAGAGUACGCCUGCACUAAGUGCCAUUUCUUCACUGAAGUGGAGGAGGAGAUCUUUCGUCACUACAGGAGAGUUCACGGCUGCUGUCGUUGUCGGCAUUGUAGUUUCACUGCCACGGACACCACGGCGCUGCUGGACCACUUCAACUCCGCCCACUGCCAGGACUCCACGGAUCCGGCCUCUGCUCCCGCGAACGGCUGCUCUGCCCCUUCAACCCUCCGCAUCAAAGAGGAGAGCAAAGGUGAUCUGAAACUCUAUAGCCUGGUGCCUCCAGAGGCCAGCCGAGCCGAGCCGCUUCCCGGCUCAGAGGGCGUGAAGAGCGAGGCCCAGGACGAGAAAGAGAAGGGCUGGUUUGAAGCGCUGGGGCCUGCGGCUGGCGGAGGUGUCCGAGGAGGGGAGCAACACGUGCAAAGUCUGGUGUGGGUGCCCAAAGAACGUGCAGGAGAGAUUCUUAGGGGAAGCCCUGCCCCGUUCCCCCAAGCCACACUGGGUCUGCUGAACGCUGUGACGGCGGGAGUAAAAGACCAGCAGCAGCAGAAGGGAGCGGCCAUGAUUAGAGACUCAUCGGGACUGAUCUUCAGCCUCAGCGCAGAUGCUAAAGGCUACCUGCCGGGGACGCCAACGAGCAGUGCGGAGAAAGCCGGGCAGCAGUACCCAACCUCUACCGAGGGCAAAAGUGCCAAGGAAGAGUCUCAGUCACUUUUGCGGAGACGGCGGGGCUCGGGGGUCUUCUGCGCCAACUGUCUGACCACCAAGACCUCGCUGUGGAGGAAGAAUGCCAACGGCGGCUACGUGUGCAACGCGUGUGGCCUCUAUCAGAAGCUGCACUCGACCCCCAGACCGCUGAACAUUAUCAAGCAAAACAACGGCGAGCAGAUCAUCCGUCGACGGACGCGCAAGCGCCUGAACCCUGACCCCGUCCCGCCUGAGCAGGUCGGGUCCAAGCAGCAGCGCGUCAACAGCGAGGAGCGUCUCAACGGCAGCCCCUUAGAGAGGAGGACUGAGGAAACGGGAUCCGAUGGGUCUUUAUCACGUGCCGAGACCCAAGCCCAGUUGGGCAAAUAUGAGUCUUACGGCCCCUCGGGACCCAAAAGUCACCCUAGCCCCCGCUCCACCCACGCGUUCCUCGUCAACCAGACGCUGGAGAUCCACAAGCGUAUGCCGCCGCUGCAUAUGCACAAGAGCCCGGCGGACGGAGGGGCAGAGGGAAACGGGCUCGGCGCGGGACCCCAAGGCGGGGACGGCAAGGGUGGUUCGGAGCGGGGCAGCCCUAUCGAGAAGUACAUGCGUCCGUCGAAGCAGGCCAGCUACUCUCCUCCAGGGAGCCCCAUCGAGAAGUACCAGUACCCGUUCUUCAGCCUACCCUUCCUCCACAACGACCUGCAAAACGAAACGGACUGGUUGCGCUUCUGGACUAAGUACAAGAUGUCUGUGCCGGGCAACCCGGGCCACUACCUGAGCCCCGUGACCGGCCUUCCCAAUCCGUGCCAAAGCUUUGUGCCUUACCCUACUUUCAGCUUACCGCCUCAUUUCCCCCCGCCGACCCCUUCCGGACCCGAGAGCGACACGCCUCUCGACCUGGCCAUGAAACAUUCCAAACCCAGUCCGACGCCCAACGGGACUCUCGCCACCAAGGAAAGCCGGGGGUCUCCUGCCUCCGACAGGGAGCGGGAGACGGAUCAGCCGGAGGAAGCCGAAGAGACUUCGCAAGUCCCCAAACCGGAGAAGGUCGAUCAGGCCACGCAAGAUGACCUCUCCAGCAAAUGUGCCCACUGUGGCAUCGUCUUCCUGGACGAGGUCCUGUACGCCCUGCACAUGAGCUGCCACGGUGAGGGCGGGCCCUUCCAGUGCAGCAUCUGCCUGCACGCUUGCUCCGAUAAGUACGAUUUCACAACUCACAUCCAGCGAGGCCUCCACCGGGCCGCCCCCGAGGCCAACGCCAACCCCUCUAACCAAUGAGCUUUACGGACCCGCAGUCCGAGCACAACUAGAGCAGCGCUCGUACGAAUGAAUCCAUUGACGUGCCAAGACGGAUCAAGGUGCCUAAGCAGCCAAUGCUAGAAACUUGAGUCAGCAUAGCAUUUCUGUGGGAGCUCCCAAACACAAACACACUUUUAACGAACAAAACUGUUUUUUUUGAAGACAUCGGUACAUGUAGCUAUAUAUUUUCGUUAGUCCAGAUGUGUAAUUUUCGACAAGGCAGUUCAGCAAGCAAGGUACAUCUACUCGUUUCUCGUCGUCGUCGUUGUGUUUAUGAAAAGUUCUCUGGUUCUGGUAAAAAUGAGGAUGUGUUUCUGCAUGUGUGGCUCGGUGUAGGUCGUCUGUCACUAUGGCAACAGCAUAAAUGACUGUCGUCCUCAAACAAACAUCCAGCAUCCUCAGGGAGUGUGUAUGGCUGAAUAGACAACAUUAGUUUAUAGUCUAGUUAACAUACUAAAUGUCUUAUGUUUAUGUUUUUUUUUUGAAGUUAGGUAACUCAAGUCACAGAAUUCCAUCAGAACUUUUAAGCUGCUGCCUUAGUUGCUGGGAUGCAAUUCUUAUUACUCUAGAAAUUUGGGAAGGAAUAAAAACAUAUUUUUUUCUAGGUUGUUAAUAGUAAAAUCACAUUAUCAGUGCCUGAUAUAUUGUACAAAGUAUUUUCUACAUGAGAUGUUGAUAUGCAACAUUGAACUUGCAUCUGAAUAAGGGCCUGGAGUUUGGCUCUGACAAACGUUUACAUUUGCAAAUGUAGCAAACGACGUAAUGAAGCAACACCUUUUUUUUUUUUUUCACGAAAACAGUAAGACAAUUCAAUUUCCUUUCCUCCAAAGGUGGAAUAUUAAAAGUACUAUGUUUUUUUUUUUUUUUUUUUUUAUGUUUGGCCACAAUUCAUUCCAAGCAUUGUCAUCUUCUGUUACCAUGUUCUUGUGCUUUGUAGUCGAUGAAGAAGCUUCUUGUAUCGGACUGAAGCCUUCCUGUAUUUUUCUCCUGCUCUUCUGAUAGCGAACAUUCAAUGGAAGCCGAUCGGGCUGGGCUUUAUUUGGUCAUUUUAUGGGAGCCAGUGCUCUGUAAUAUAAAAAAUAAUAACUUUCUGCCAGUCUAAAUAUAUCGUUCCACCUUUAAUUCUAAAGAGCAGUUGAAAACACCUUAAAUUUAAAAUGAUUCUGUGUACUGUUGAUGAAACUUAAUAACUGCAGGUGUUUCUGGUGCCUUUCGAUGGCAGUUGUCUCAAAGAGGCAUAACAUUGUUAUUUAUAUUGUUGUUUCACCCAGCUGUACUUUAUGCUCCUUUUGCAAUUUUUAUCAUGUGGAGGCGAGUGGACAACCGUCUACCUGAGCGACUGAACAACGCGUCUGUUUCUAAGUAAUAAUGAGCUCAGAAAUAAUCCAAACGUGAUUUAUCAAGUCAAGCGCUUGAUAUGUUUUGAAGCUGUUUAUGCUGCAUCUCAGUUUUCCAUUUUAUUUGAAUAGGGAAAAAUCAUUUGAACCCUCCCAGAUUGUUUGCGAGCAACUUUGUGUUGUGCUUCUCCUCCACGUUCGCUCCUUUUCAUGGCCGCAGGUUCAGUGAGUUGGGCCUGGUCUGAUUUCAGACAUUAUUUAUAUGAACUGGGGAAACGGGGAGAGGUCGAGGCUCAAAACGUCUCGUUUGCUCUCUCCGUCUUUCUCCGAACCUAGCCUUACAACGCUGCUUAACUGCAAAUGCCUCUUAAAAAUAACUGAAAUCAUUAUAAACCGUCGCUUUUAUACAGUUGGGUAUUAAAUAACAUAAGAUUGUUUAUUUUUAUUUUUUUUGUCUCUAAAUGUUCAUUUUAAUUUGAAAAUGUUAAUGCUUGCACUUCAGUUACUCUGUUGCAAAAGAAGAAAGAUGAAAUGUGUUAUUAGCAUGCUAAGUACAGGUACUGCAUUAUAAUAAAUGAAUGAGAUCUUGCCUAUGUUCGAAGGUCUUAGCAAUAUUGAAACACAAGGAGUAUUUGAUGGAGCCUGGAAGCUUGUUUGGUCAAGGCGAAGGGCAUAAAUAUGUAAAUGUUUUAACCAUUAUUCUUAGAAUGUUAUUGUUUUUACACUUGCUGCAUUUAAAGUGCAUAGAUGAUGAUUUUAGGAUUUUCUUUUUUUUUUUUUUUUUUUUCAGCUGCCACCUUAACUUUUUGUUUUGUUUUUUUCUUUCUUUCAUUUUUUUGUGUGGUAGGUUUUUACAUGCAAAAAGAUUCAAUAAAGAGGGCAAAGAUGUCUGUUACAUCUAAACUUGAAUAAUAAUGAUGAUGACGAUGAUAAUAAUGAUAAUAAUAAUAAAAUAAUAAAACAUUUUAGCAAU